AUGAGUACUACGACUCAAAGUGGGCCCAGCAGAUGGGUCGGGUACGUGGCAGCCUCGGACGAUGAGUCUGUGAGCAGGCUCGGCAGACGUGACAUCGUCAUCGCAUUCCGUGGCACCGUCACCAAUGCCGAAUGGAUUGCCAAUCUAAAUACUUCCUUGACCCCUGCUCGCCUCAACCCUCACGACCCGAGGCCGGACGUCAAAGUGGAAGCCGGCUUCCUCAGCCUCUACACUACUUCGGACGAAAACAAGUUCGGGCUAACAAGUUGCCGAGAGCAGCUUCUGGCCGAGGUGUCGAGGCUACUGAACAAGCACAAAGACGAGGAGAUAAGCAUUACUCUUGCCGGCCACAGCAUGGGGAGCUCAUUGGCUCUUCUCCUAGCUUACGACAUAGCGGAGCUCGGCUUGAACAGGCCAUUUAAGGCUCCCAUCACGGUUUUCUCCUUUGGGGGGCCCAGAGUUGGGAACUCGAGGUUCAAAGAGAGGUGCCAAGAGUUGGGAGUCAAAGUGCUCAGAGUAGUGAAUGCCAAAGACCCCGUCACCAAGCUGCCAGGGAUUUUCUUCAAUAACGACAUGAUGAAUUUUAAUCAAUUACCUUGGAGCUGCUCUUGCUACGCGCAUGUUGGUGUCGAGUUGGUGCUCGAUUUUUUCAAGAUGCAAAACCCGUCUUGCGUUCAUGACUUGGCAAACUACAUUAAGUCAUUAUCCUGUCCGUCUCCGUCACCCAAAAAGAAUUUGUCGAAAAAGUCCACACGAUUCGUUGAGGGGCCAUGUUCGCAGUUGACAAAUGCAGCCACUAAUAUGUUGAAUAUGGUUCACGCGCAGUGGGCAUGA